CUUGGCCAAGGCCAUUCUCAACAAGUAACAGGUUGAAUUUUUUUCCCAUUUUCUGAGGCACUGUUUGCUUCCUCCUCUCCACGAAAUCGAAAGCGGAAACUUCUAUAGGAUUGAAGCUCUUCUUCAAAUUCCAGGUUUCAAAUUCAAUAUUCUCCGUGGACUUUGAAUAACGCUCCUUCUAAGUCUUCCCUCCUCUGUAGUAAAUAAUAUUAAUCAUAUAUACCUUCCAAAGAAGAUAUACCCAAAACAUAUACAUUGCUCUCCAAAACCACCUGUACUUCCUAGUUCCUUCCACAUGUUGAAUCAUUUGGUGUGCGGCUCCUAUCAUCACGAAGAAGAAGAUGAAGCUUGUGUGGAUAGUCCAAGAAAAUCCAGAAAGAGCAGGAAUAAAAACCCGUAUUCCACGCGAGGCUUAGACCAGUUUUCUGCACUCUUAGCUGAUCUCGACAGGAAAAGGCAGGAGAUUUACUCCAAGGCCAGGCCGCAGGACAUCUCUUUUAUUCGAUUCGUGUCCUCCAAUUCCAGCUCUAAUGAUUUCGUCCCGAUUGUUGUCAAAGCGAAAAACAAGGACCAGAAGCACAAGAGUGAAGAACUCAAGGGACGACAUGCUGUCACGUCUAACUCACUGCAAGUACCGAACGAGUCUGCUUCCGUGGAAGAGCGAAAGCAAUCCAAGUUGGGAUCUGAUGAAAAGGCAGAGAAGAAGAAUUUCUGUUGGAAUAUGUGGGGGCGCCCUUCUUUCUGUCUGCCGCUGAUGUUGAUUAUAAUUUUGGGGCUCUUGGCAGUGUUUGGGCGAUCAGUUGCAACUAUCUGCACCUGUAUUUUGUGGUACACAGCCACCACCGUGAAGGACAGCCCAUCAUCAAGAAAGUCGAAGAAGAAGAAACAUUAUAAACGAGGCUUGAGUGAGAAGUCUGGGACUUCGGAGGACAAGUCUGCCAGAACAUUUGGCCGUCAGAAAAGCUGGUGAAUUCAGUUGAUCUCCUUUUUUGCCUUCUUUUUCCCAUCACGAGGUAGGAUUUUGUUUUACGUUUUCUUGGUGCCGGGUUUUGAAGGCGGGGUUGAAAAUUCAAUCUAUGCCUUUGCCAUUUGUAAAUUGUGGAAUUGACUGUCAAGGUAGAGUUAGAUCCAGAUGGUUAUCAAUGUCAGCCUAUGGUUAUUUUGUAAGAAUCUUGAAAAUCAAGUAGUCGCCUGCUUCAAGUAAGUCAUGAGCUUCAUCUCACCUACAAAAUCAUUGGUUGUGCAGUCAAAUCUGAUACGGUGAACUAUUUUCAAAGGAUGGCCGGGCAGGUAAGCCAAUGAGAAAAGGGUAAAUGUGGUGGCUCAUUAAUUGGCUCUAUGCCUGCCACACUCAAUUUGCUUUUGAGAGGACAUGGGUUAUAACUAAUAAAAUGAAUAUAUUAAAUAUGGUUUUUAA